AUGUCCGGCCCUGUGGAGGACAAACCCGAGGAGAACCUACAGCGGCCGCCCAAGGCCAAAAAACCCAAGAAAGACCGCAAAGAACCGGAACCCGCCCAACCCGCGGCCGAACCCGCCGAGGCCGGCAAGGCCGAGAGCUCGGAGGGCGCCGGGGCGGCUCCGGCGGCACCGGAAGCGUCGGCGUCGCCGAAACAGCGCCGCUCCAUCAUCCGCGACCGCGGGCCCAUGUACGACGACCCCACGCUGCCCGAGGGCUGGACGCGCAAGCUCAAGCAGCGCAAGUCCGGCCGCUCGGCCGGCAAGUACGACGUCUACCUGAUCAACCCGCAGGGAAAAGCGUUCCGCUCGAAGGUGGAGCUGAUCGCCUACUUCGAGAAGGUGGGGGACACCUCGCUGGACCCCAACGAUUUCGACUUCACGGUGACCGGCCGGGGUAGCCCCUCACGCCGCGAGCAGCGCCCGCCCAAGAAGCCCAAAUCGCCCAAAGGUCCCGGUACCGGCCGCGGCCGGGGGCGCCCCAAGGGCAGCGGCGGCGGCGGCGGCGGCUCCGGCGGUUCCGCCCGGCCCAAAGCGGCCGCGGCCGUGUCCGAGGGGGGCUCGGCGGCCAAACGGGCGUUGGAGAAGCCCCCCGGGAAGCUGCUGGUCAAGAUGCCCUUCUCGCCGGGCCAAGCCGGCCCCGCCGCCCCCGCGGCCCCGCGGCGGCCGGGCCGCAAGCGCCGCGCCGAGCCGGACAGUCCGGCCGUGCCCAAGAAACGCGGGCGCAAACCGGCGGGGGCGGCGGGGCCGGGGGGGCCGGGAGGCGCCGACAAAAAGGCCGCGACCCCCCCGGCCGUGCAGGAGACGGUGCUGCCCAUCAAGAAGAGGAAGACGAGGGAGACGGUGGUGGUGGAACCGGCCGGAGCGGCGGCCGGAGCGGCUUCGGGCGCCGCCGCCACCACGACGACGACGACGCCGCCGACGACGCCGCGGCCGCCUCCGACCCCGCCGGGCCCCCGCGGCCCCCGCAGCGCCCGCAGCCCCGGCCGGCGCAGCAAGGAGGGGAGCCCCAAAGGUGUUGAUUUUGGGCUCUCCCCAGGUAGCUUUGUGUCCGCCCAGGUGUGUUUGGAACCCCCCAUUUGA